CUGCAGAACUGAGCACUGCAGCUGCGUAUGUCACAUCGCUCACAAGCGGGCACAGAUUGUUGGGCGCAUUGAGACUUGAACCCAGCUAGUUUCUGCCAUGGCGGCCAUCACAUUAGCCGUGCCCUGCUCUUCCUGCCUUGCUGCUUCUAGUCUUGCUUCCCUGAACUCAGUCAGCUCUGCCAAACACCUUGUGCCUGUGCCAAGAUUUCAGUACAAUGCAGGCAGGUCCAGCAGAAGUGUUCGGUGCCAGGCUAGAGGUUCUCAGUUGAACCCCAGCGAAAUGCACAGUUUGACAAGGAGAGAAGCGCUUGGGGCUGCAGCGGCUGUUCUUGGACUCUCGCAAUUGGCGGGCCCCGUUGGUGCGGCAGAGGAGUUCAACACAUUCUAUGGCAAAGCUGCAAGCGCAUCAUCGUACGGAGGCUACGGAGGCAACGCCGGCACCAACACCGAGGCAGAGUACGUGUAUGACGUUCCAGCAGGCUGGAAGGAGCGCGUGAUCAGCAAGGUCGAGAAGGGGACCAACGGGACUGACAGUGAAUGGUACAACCCAGCAAACAAGAAGGAGAAGAUUUAUACCACAUACCUGGGCGGGUUCCGGAAGCUGGGGCCAAAGGAGAACAUCAUCAACGACCUGGCCCUGUCGGAUGUGAAGAUCCAGGACGCGUUGGGCUCUGCGGACAACUUCGACCAGCGGGAGCGGAAAGACGAUGCCGGACAGCUGUACUACGACUACGAGAUCGACAACCCCGGCUCCGGCCACACGUUGAUCACCGUGACGGUAGCUCGGAACAAGUUGUACGCUGUCUUUGUCAUGGCGCCGAACGCGGCUUGGAACAAGGACGAGAAGAUGUUGAGGAGGAUGUGGUCGUCUUUCAGGACCAUUUGAUUCGUUUGACUAGAAGUUUUGACGGUGUUGAGGACUUCGUCGAGAAAACGAGUUGACCAAUUGGAUUCGACUAGCUAAACUGACUUUUUUUGACCAGACUCGAAGACUCCUUUUUGCAACAUUGUGUCGUUAUGCGAUACUGAACGGUCACUUUUCGAUCCGUUUGAUUUGCGACUAGGCACGCAAAAGGGUCUUUGACUCGAUCCAUAAAAUUUUGUAUCUGGAUGCAACCAUCUGAUCAUCAGAAUCAUGGUUCUUAGAAGAUGCAAUCCGAUGGAAACAAUUAAUCCUUGAG